UAUACUUUGCUAUAAAAUUUGAUUUCGCGGAACCAACUGAUAAACAUCCAAGAUAAUAUUUUUGAUUCAUAGAUUACACGGUAUGAGGUGUGUAUGCUUUAAAAAAAUAAAUAUCAUUUUCUUGCUUACGUAAGAUUCUAACACCUAGAGUUCAUUAUUUGAAUUAUAGUUGUAAUUCUUUAUUCAAGCCAUCUUUUUCGGUAAAAAAAGCGAAAAUGUAUUUAAGUACAUUAAAGUAAAGUUCUAAAAUCUUGGUAUUUUUCUUACCAAAAUAUUUGAACAAGAUAAGGUGUCUAUACCUACUUCAAAAAUCAUGAGGAGUCUAAAUCUAUUUUUAGUGUUAUUAAGUUGCUUAUUUUUGGAAAUUAUUGGUCAAGAUGUUUUGACUGAAGCCACAACAUUGUCGAAUGAAAUAGAAGAUCCUGAUACUCCCAGUUUCACAUUUUUGAAAGACAGAAAAAGUAGUGGACUUUCCAAGAGGAUCAUAGGAGGAAAUGUGGCAACAGCAAAUCAGUUUCCAUAUCAAGUUGCUCUGUUCGUUUAUGAAGGCAACACUGUAUAUUUUUGCGGAGGCUCCUUAAUAACGGAUUCAUGGGUAUUGACAGCUGCCCAUUGUAUAGAUAGCGCUUCAUAUGUUAUCGCAGCUCUGGGAUCUCAUGACCUCUCAUCUACAGAAUCUAGUAGAAUAGUACUGAACAGUUCAAAAUUCAUCAUUCACGAGGACUGGGACGAAUCCCUACUACAGAACGAUGUAGCUUUGAUUCAAUUACCUGAGUCAGUGACUAUAAAUCAGCAAAUUUCAACUAUUAAAUUAGCAGAAGGAACAAAUACUUAUGACAGUCUGAUGAGCAUAUGCCUGGGAUGGGGCAUUACAAUUUAUGGGUCUACCUCAAACGUAUUGAGGUAUGUCGAUUUAGAAGUUAUAACAAAUGAAAAAUGCAGUGCCUACAGAGACUACUCAGGUUAUAUUGUCGAUACUCACAUAUGUACAUCAGGAAAUGGGACCUUGGGAUCAUGUAACGGAGACUCUGGAGGCCCACUAGUGAUCAAUGGAGAACAGAUAGGAAUCGUCUCCUUUGGAGCAGCAGACUGUCAAGCCGGGCUCCCUUCUGUGUUUACUAGGGUAACUGAAUAUAAUUCAUGGAUUCAAGACGCUUUAAACGGAACUUAUAUUUAUACUGACCCCAGUAGUUAUCAAGGCAAUAAUGGAUAUUCUAUACAACCAAUAUCAGUUUUGAAUUAUCUGUUAAUAAUUCUUUUUAUAUAUAGACAAUAUAUUUAAUAACAAAUUAAAUGA